GAGAGCAAUACUUCAUGAUAACAAUGAUAUAAAUAAUAACAAUAAUAUUUAUGGAUUUUAAGCCUGGAAUUUCGAUGAAUAUAAGACGAAAACGAGUACUCCCAUAGGUUUACUAGAGGGUAUUUACAUGCAUAAGCACAUAUAAAUGCAUGUAUGAGUACAUAUAUAUGUUGUACAUACAUAUGUGUCGAAUUCGAAACAAAAACCACCCCAGGUCAACUGUAGUGUAGGCGAUAACAAAAAAAGUACUGCGAAAGAAGAGUGGGGUGAAAAAAAUUGGUAGGAAAUGUGUGAAAAAACAUAAAUAGGCGCAAACGGAAAUUGCGAAAUUGUGAGGGAAGCGAAAAAAGUGGAAAUUACAGAACGCUAGGCAAAGCAGAAUAGUGGAAAUGUAAAAUAAGUUAGAAGAAGUGAAGAGGUGAGUGAGUAUUUAUUAUGAAAAUAAAAGUAGAGAAGAGAGUCUGAGAAUGAGUACUUAAAGAGCAGCAGGAAACAAAACUUGAACGGAAAUAAUGAAAUGAAUGUGUUAAAAAUGCCAACAACCAUAUUCAAUAGAUGAGGAAAUGCGAAACUAAACACAAAAACAAAACACGAACCGCGAAUCAACAAAAAGUGCAAUAGAAACAAAUUACGCUCACGCACGAGAGCUAGUGGGACUCAGAUAUGAGCUUGAAUGCAAAAAACAAAAAAAACAACAAACGGUAACGAAAAAAUUGUCAACGAAUCAAACGAACGAAUAACAGCCGACAGAAGCGACGAAGACAAUCAACCACCGACAACCACCACCAAUGCACCAUUAACAACACCAACAGAAAGAGCAUCAAUCCCCAUAACAAUACAGCAAACACCAAUCAAACAACAGCAACAACCACAUCAAGAGGUAAUAUCUGCUGUACUCAGCAGCGUAUCAACAGAGAAACGGAGCAACGGAGCGGUGGAGCAUCAACGAACAGGCUAGCUACUUAGUUCGGUUUUAGUAGCUUGACCGUUUCCCAGAAGUGGUUUGUUGGCUCAGUCGCUGUAUGCACAUCAGGCGCGUCGGUUGUUAAUUUGUUUUUGUGUGCCAUUGUGGACGCAAUAUUUCAACGAAAGACGUGAACAGGAGCAAUAGUUAUUACUGUUACUUAUACAAGCAAAGCGUUCCAAGUGUAUGAUAAGAUUAAGGCAACACAAGCACAAAUUGCGAUAUAAAACAAAUAAAUGAAUAAAUUCGUCAAAUUUUGUGGCUGCUAGUGUCUCGUCUACGUCUACAAACGUCUGGUGUGCGUACACUUGGGCUAUUUUCGUUCGCUUAAAAUACUUGCCAACGAACGAGUAGUUUGUGCGAUUAUUUAAAUUUUUUGUGUGAAGAGUAUUUUUUUUCUGCGUAGACGACACGAACAGCAACUCAGCAACAAAAAGUUUAGAUAAAAAUAUGAGUGGCAUGAAAUAAAUAUAAAAAAAUCUUUUGUGAGCUUUUUUUUUUGGGAGUGUGUGUUUUUACAUAAUAACGACGCGGCCAGACAUACAAGGCGGAAAACAACACGAUUAAGAUGCAGAAAAAAAUUAAAAGAUAAUUACAUGUAAAGCCACUAACAAUUAUGCUAAAAAAAGGAAAAUUGUAAAAACUGUAAUGAACUAAUAAAAAUAACUAAAACAAAGUAGUAGAGUUGAAAAAUGUAACAAAAUUAUCCAAAAUAAAUUUAUUUGGAUGUAUAGUAAAACACUCUGCGUUCCUGUUAAUCAAUCAUUCCUAAGCUACAAUAACAACAAAAUAAAAUAAAACAACAACCAGAUACACAUACACUCUUGUGUACACAUAUGCAUCCAUACGUAUAUAUGUAUGUAUAAACGCUAACGCGACAAACUAGAAAAGCAACAAGUCUAUUUAAAAAAAAAGCUUCUAAAAAUAAAUGGGGACAAAAAAAUAAAAAAAAAAUUUACAGCAUUUUGGAGACACAUAAAAUUAUUACUAAUGAGCAAAUGAAAUAAAUGUUUCUCUAGAAAUAUUAAGCCAAUAAAAUAUUUAUAGUUCGCAUAGCAGCCACAACAUCAUUCAGCGCAUACCAAAGCAGGCAGCGUCCCAACAAUAACAACAACAAUGCAACAUGCCCUGUAACAUUAAAAAGAAUUAGUUUUCAAGGCAAAUAGUUAAACAAAAGAAUAACUAAAACCAAUAUUAAAGUCUAAAUGCUUACUAGACUAAAUAAAUAUACCUAAUUAAUAUUUAUUUAACAAAAAAUGGUGAACAAUAAAAAAUAAAGCUGUUAAGUCUUGGCAGGAAGUGAGCAUUGCAGUUGAGCAAGCACGCGUUAAGUGGAAAAUUUCAAAAGUAUUUUUUUUUGUUACAUACAUACAUAUAUGUAACAAGUUUAAGUAUGUUCGUGUCAAGCAUUGCUCUAAAAGUUAUUAGAAUUAUCAGUAUAAAAUUAAAACAAGCAGUAGCAGCCAGCAAAAAUAAUCAACAAGCAAUGCUAUCGGUACAGACUGCCGGCUACGCGGGAAUGGAGCGGCUCGGCGUUCCGACCCGCACAACACUUAACUCACCACCUGACGAUAGAGGGCAAUACAGCUGUAGAAUGCGCGUGGAAACGCUGCCGGCGCGAGAGAUUUUAGUACGUAGCGAAACUGUGAUCCGUAGCAACAACACUAGCAGUAGCUGUACGAGCAGUUGUAUGGCCACUGCCAACGGUAGCGGCAGCAACACUCAUCAACUGCAACAACAACAACAACAACUACAUCAAGAACAUCACAAUCAACAUUCCCACCACCAACAGCAACAGCAUCAUCACCAUUACCAGCAGCAGCAACAACAACGUCACCACCAUAACCAGCAACAACAACAUUACCAGCGCAUGCCAGCGCAACAACAAGAACAGCAGCAGCAGAAGUUAGUAGGCGGCAGUGGGAAUAAUGCACCCAGUAGCAACAUGCCAGCACGUAGCAAUACAAGUAUUAGCAAUAGCAAUAGCAGCAGCAAUUUCAUGCGCGGUGGCAUUGAGGCGGCCACGCUCAAAUACGGCAGCAAGGGCAGCGGGAGUGGUAGCAUUGGCGGCUAUGACAGCAGCAAAACGGGCAGUUCCUGCGGCAGCAAUAGCUCCUGCAACAGUCACAGCAUCGAUCACCAUCAGCAUUAUCAGCAAGCGAAGCAGCUGAACCAGCAAGUGACGCCGCGAUGCCCACAUCAUGUACCGUUACCGGACAGCGAAUGGGGUCAGGAUCGCAGUUUGCAAAUACGUGCAAGCUAUCAGCAAUCGGAAUUAACGCGUUCCUAUAUCAAGCCACCACCGAAUAAAACGAUAAAGGACGUUCCGGAACAAUCAUCGUAUAAUUUUAAUGCGCUUUCGGCGCUCAGCGGAUCCAAUAUGACCCUGUAUGCGGUGGCAGGUAGUUCCACUGCCGCGUCGCAGCCACUACAACAGCAGCCACAAAAAUCAAAGCCAAACGUGAUCACAAAGCUUUUCUCGCGCAAAAGCUCACCCAAAUCGCCUACAGCACUAUCAUCGUCAUCCUCUUCCACGUCAGCUUGCUCUUCGCUGGCCUCGUCCGCGUCGAUAUCGUCCAUGCCCGCAUCAGCAUCGUCCUCAGCGUCGUCGAUAGCAUCUGCAACUGGUGGCACUAACGCCACAUCCGCUGCAGCUACAGCCAUAUCGCCUUCCGCAUCCAUAUCCUCAUCAGCUUCGUCACUGUCAUCGGCCCCCAUACCAUCCAUACCAAUAUCGACAGCAGCAACGCUGAAAACGACCGCUUGCAGUUAUGGCGCCAGUUCAUCACAAUCGUCCACGCCACCGUCAAUAACUGCAGGUCUGGCACCCAGUACGCAACUACUGACUACUAUCGGCGUUUCGCCAACAGCUACACCCGCAACAAUUGAGCGUAUACCAACACCACCACUCUCGGUGACGGUGCCCAUUGGUGGCUACCACCACCAUCACUAUCAUCAUCACCACCAGCAUCAGCAGCGUUUAUACCAGCAACAACAGCAACAAAUGCUAUUAGACAGCAUUGUUGCCGAAAGUACCAUGCCUACCACAUCAUUGCAAUCGCUCAAGAGUAGCAGCUGUAAUUUGGCGACUACUGGCGCUGCCGAGCGAAAUAGUAGCCGUAAUAGCUUGGUGGCAAUGGAUUGCUAUCCACCGACUGCAGCGGCAACGCGUUCGCGUACGCCAAAUACGCCCAUUGAUAGCAAUAGUUGCAAUUGUAACAGCAAAGACUGCAAAUCUUGCACGCCAACUACAACAACAUAGCGGCAGCGAUUAGCAAGCUUGACAGACGAAGGCAUCGAAAUUGCGGAGAUUGCAUAGGCGAAAGAAAAGUCGCAGAAGAGUUGGAAGAAUGAAGACGACGAAAAAAGACAAGGGUACAGCGCAGCGUGAAUAAGUUGUGCAUAAACUAGCAACAAAUUCCUGUAUGCGUAAGGGCGAUGGAGGAAAAUUGGAAGAAUAAGUAAAUAUAUCUAUGUGUGUAUACACAUACAUAUGCAUAUGAUGCAAUAUGUUGCACAACAGUUUUGAUUAUUUAUGUUGACUAUCGAACUACUUUGUACGCUGGUUUCAUAGAACUAUGUAUUCACAUCAUUUCCAAACGCAACAGUAGAGGCAAAGAGCAUAAAAAGUAAAACGAAAUUAAAACACACAAAUUUUAAGUUGACUGUAUGUAAGUAGUUCGUAUGUGUAUCAUAACGCGCAGUGGUUGCCGCCGAGUGUGCUCUGCCAGCCGAGGUUUUAAAAAUAAAUUAUUUUCUAUGAUUGCAUUAAGCUUAGAUUAUUCAUAUUUAUGCACGGCCUAAACAAUUUUAAUACAAAUUUUAUACUUUGUAAAUUAAUUUACUAUUACAUUUUUUUUUUUUGUUUAUUGUAUUUGUAACUAUUCCAAAUUUAUUUUAGUCAAUUAUCAGCAAAUUUUGUUCGAAGCCAAAAAGCAAAACCUGAAGGAAACUGAGUGUAUUGUGUUCAUGCUUUUAUCUAAUAUGCCUCUAUUAGCAAAUUAUAUUAAAAUAAUUAUCGAACUCAACACGCUGGCAAAAUUAAGGCACACAAGUAUUCGCACUGCGCGCCUAUUCUCAUUGUGUUGCUGGGUGCUGCUGUUGCGUUUUUAAACGAGUUUAAUUUGUAAAGGUUAUUAUCGGAUAAAAUAUUUUUAUAUUUAAGUAAAACAAAUACAUGUAAAUAAACAUAAAUGUUAGCAUAGUUAAUGUUAGCGUUAUUGAUACUGUAUGUAUGUAUUGUAAGUGAAAAGCAAAGAUUAUUUAAAGAAAUGGAUUUUAAUUAGUAUAAAAUAGAGCGAAAGUAGAAGUAAAUGGAUAAUUAAAUCAAACACAUAUGCAUAUAUGCUGUAUGCUAUUAUAAUUUUUAUUUCAUCAAGCAGAUAGCAAAAAUAAAUUCUCAAAAAGUUAAAACAUUA